GACUCUUACCUGACUGAUAGGUGGCGUCUCUCCAGCGCAGGAACCUCCGCCGGCCCAUUCUGUCUCCCCCUGGCAGUUCUUGGAUGUGGGUGGAGAUGCUUUACCAACCAGUUCCAAAGCCUGAUUUAAGAUUCAGGAGAAGAAAUGAAGCAUCAACUCACGCAUCUCACUUACCGGUUCUGGCUGCUGUCCAGCUUCUCUGCAGCGUCCUUCUUCCCCUUCGGACCCAGGCUUCAAAUGCUGCCCCCGCUCCUCCCAACUCCACUCAGCCUCAGCGAUGGCUCUUCAGGAUGUGUGCAAGUGGCAGUCCCCCGACACCCAGGGGCCAUCCCCUCACUUGCCUGCGGCCGGUGGCUGGGCUGUGCCCCGGGGCUGCGACCCUCAAACCUUCCUGCAGACCUAUGGCCCCAGGCUGGCUCAUGGCACCACCACCCUGGCUUUUCGCUUCCGUCACGGUGUCAUUGCCGCCGCUGACACUCGUUCCUCCUGCGGCAGCUAUGUGGCAUGUCCAGCCUCACGAAAGGUCAUCCCUGUGCACCAGCACCUCCUGGGUACCACCUCUGGAACCUCUGCGGACUGUGUCACGUGGUAUCGGGUGCUACAGCGGGAGCUGCGGCUCCGGGAACUGAGGGAAGGUCAGCUGCCCAGUGUGGCAGGCACAGCCAAGCUCCUGUCAGCUAUGCUGUCCUGCUACCGGGGUCUGGAUCUGUGUGUGGCCACUGCCCUGUGCGGCUGGGACCACUCGGGCCCCGCCCUUUUCUAUGUCUACAGUGAUGGCACUUGUCUGCAGGGGGACGUCUUCUCUGUGGGCUCUGGAUCUCCGUAUGCCUAUGGCGUGCUUGACCGUGGCUACCGCUAUGACAUGACCAUUCAGGAAGCCUACGCCCUGGCCCGCUGCGCUGUGGCCCAUGCCACCCACCGUGACGCUUAUUCAGGGGGCUCAGUGGACCUUUUCCAUGUUCGAGAGACUGGGUGGGAGUAUGUAUCCCGCAGUGAUGCCUGUGUGCUGUAUAGGGAGCUGCGGAAAGCCCCCGGCUUGGAGCAGGAGGCGGAAGCCAGUCCAGUGCACCCUGAGCCUGCCUCUCCACAAGACGCUGAAGAAGGUGGAGAACUCUUGGUGGAGCCAGAGGAGGUGACCCCAGAAGACGACAGGAUAAUAGCAAAGACUGAAACGAUGUGAGAAAGGACAGAACUUGG